ACGUGUAGCCAGAGAGUUUUUAUACUUGCCAGUACGAUAGUAUUUAAGCCUUCUGUCCGAGGGGUGAAGCAUCAGUUUCAACUUCUUGGUCGAUGUGGGUAGACACUCGUUUGGCCACCGAGUUGUAGAGAGGCUAAGUCUCACAUAGGGAAACAGUGUCUCACGUCUCUUGACAGAACACGUGGGCCACAGCAUUACUCAACCUGUGAUUCGGUCGUAGCAGCGACGUAUAAUUUCCUCGGAAUCAUUUGUGGACGAUACACUGGGACAUUACUAUUGUGAACUACUAACCACCAGCUACAAUGAUUCCUCUGUUGAUGCUAACUGUAGCAUAUCUGGGAACAUCGUCAGCCCAACGCUGCGGUGGGGUCCAGAACAAGUAUGUCUGCCACCCGUCCAACCCUCGCCAGUUUAUGAUUUGUAUCGGAGACCAGCAGUAUACAAUGAAAUGUCCAGGCAACCUCCACUUCAGUACAAAAACCCAGACUUGUGACUGGCCCAGGAACGCUGACUGCGGUCGACCUGUUAAAGUCGUCACCCAACCACCUCCCCAACGUCGAACCCCACAGAUGUCACAACGCCAGUACGGCGGUCAACGUCGCCGACAACCAUCGUACACCUGGCAAAACAACAAUCAGGGUAGAAACGUCAACAGCGUUGCCUCUAAAUCACGGGGUGAACCUGUAAACGCUGUAGCUGCUCUGACCGGCCCUCGUAAGUACAAGAACCCUUCGGACAGGGAACGCAACGUCGUCGAUGACCUUUACAAGAAGAAAAACUCAUACCAUGCCCACAAAGAUCAACUGAAAGACACCAGAACGGUAAAUUCAAACAUUAACCAGAAUCGAGACAAAUGGACCCUGGCUCAUUACCCGUGGUGGGCAGCGAAGUCAGCUACCCCCGCAAAUCGUUCCCGUAUGUCUCGUCGUCCUGUCACCCCCACCCCCGGGUACCGGUCUGGGUCCCCCUACACCCCACGAACCUCAAGGACAUCAAGGAUCUCGAGGACAAAGACUUCCAGAACGUCCAGGACAAGAUACAACCCGAUCCGAAGUUCAUUAAAACGAGUUCCAAUCAACAGUGUAGCUUCCAGACACGUGCCACCCCCAGCGAAACCUCUUAGAAAGAAGACGAUCAAACAGAAAGAAGUUAAACAGGAGCCAAAGCCUCAGAGGAAAAUCAUCAGAAAGCCAGGUAAAUGUGACCCUACCACCUGCCAGCUUCCAGACUGUCGCUGCAUCGGUUCCGACAUUCCCGGCGGUGUCCCCGUCACUCAGACACCCAUGAUGGUCAUGCUCACCUUCGACGACAGCGUCAAUAUUGCCAACUUUGACUACUACGAGAAACUAUUUGAUGGGAAAUUCAAGAACCCCAACGGCUGUCCCGUCAAAGGAACCUUCUUCGUGUCCGGUGACGCAACCCAGUACCACCUAGUGGAGAAGCUUUUCAAGAAAGGGCAGGAAAUUGCCUCGCACAGUCAGUCUCACCGAUCACCCACCACAUGGUGGGCUCAUGCAGGCUAUGAAGGAUAUGUUCAUGAAAUAGAAGGCAUGAGAAAGAAGUUGUCCCUCAAGAGCAACAUCCCCAAAGAUGCCAUCAAGGGAAUGAGAGUUCCGUUCUUGCAGAUCGGAGGCGAUGACCAGUAUCAGAUGUUGCGAGACUACAAAUACCUUUACGACACGUCCAUGGUGACGGGCCAUCUGUACCGAAACGAAAAGCCCCCUGUCUGGCCCUUCACCCUUGAUUACCCCCAGAUUCCAAAACCUGUUCCCUGACCCCCUGUCCCCAAGGCUCCUACCCCGGUCUCUGGGAGGUCCCCCUUGUCCGAUGGUACGGUUCCAACAAGAUGGCGUGUGCCAUGCCCGAUGGUUGUAUGAUUGGUGCCGGAAGGAAGGGCACUCUGCAGUA